AUGUCGGAUCAUCCGCGACCCAUGCUCAAGCUGAAGUUCGGCAAGAAACCGUCACAACCUCCAGCAGACUCGGCAUCCACAUCCACCCCAGCUCCGGCGCCAGCUCCAGCUCCAACAGCACCAGCUACAGCAUCCCCCGCCGAGCCCCAGCGCAAAAUCACCUUGAAGAUUGGUCGCAAGCCUCAACCCGAACCCACUCUUGCUGAAAAGGAGAAACCAAAGAAGAAGAAAGUUUCAACGAAAAAGCGACCUGCCGAGAACAUCGCGCAGCCCGAACCCACGCCGACCAUCCAGCUCGGACCUAAGCGACUCAAGCUCAACCCCUCCAAGAAACCCGCCCUCCAAUCUAUUCGCAUCAAGAAUAAGCAAACAGUACAGGUCCGACCGGUCGGCGUGGGAUAUGAUUCAGAAGCGUCGGAUACGGAAGCAGACCCAGCGAUCGAAGAGCAGUUUAUCCUACGAAUGUUGCCCGGCGACGACUGCGAAUACCUUCGUCAAGCCAUCACGGAGAGGAAGUUUGACAAGUCCGAAUUCUCCUUCAAACCUCUGACCCGUGACGCACGACGUGCAAUCCUCAAAAUCCGCGACAAGCAAUAUGCCGCCGCCAUGGUCGACCUUCCCACCAUCACCGAGGGCAUGAAGAGUUGGGAUCGUCGGGGGUGGUAUAAAUCAGCCGAUAUUUCUCAGAUGCUCCUUAUCUUGGGCCCAGUGGCCAACGAGGAAGAAGCUAUGAAGCACGAGCUGCCCCAGGAAGUCUUACAACCAGACACCAAGACUCUUCAAUAUCCCCAUGGUCUAGCACCGCCGCUACGCUGGGUUCGCAAGCGCAGAUUCCGUGACCGCCUCAGCGCACGCACCAUCGAGCAAGUCGAGAAAUCAGUUGAGGAUCUGGUCGCUCAAGAUGAAGAGUCGGUUUUCCCUCCGCGAUUCGAGGUGGUUGACGCCUCCUCCUUGAACCGCGGGGAGUCUUUCCUCAACAAUGAUGACUACGAUGAGGAAUACGAUGAAGAGCAGGAUGCCGAAGGUGAAGUGGAGGAUGAGCUCAUGGAUGACUUCGAUGACGAACUCGCCGGUGAACUUGAGGCUGCUCUCGCAGGCGACGGUGAUGACGAUCAACCCCCCCCAACCCCGAAUGGAGGCCCCGAACAAGUGGGGGCAUCGGCACCUAAACCUUCCACCCCGGCUGGACAAGGUUAUUCAUCAGGAGAGAGUGAUGUUUCUGAUGAAGAUGAGGAUUUGGACGACGAUCAAGUCGAACAGCAACAACUGCUCCAGCAGCAUCGAGAGGAGAUCGCCGAGUUGGAAAACCUGAUCAAAAACGAAACAGCACAAUGGGAGAAGGUGCAGAACGCCAUUCUGCGACAGAAGAUGAGCCGACGAAUCCAGGAGCUGAAGAAGGAUCUUGAAUUGAAGAAGGUCUCUGCCGGCCUCCCUGGCGACACCGACAUCUGA